CACAAGACAAAUACAAGCCUGAAAAACAAGGGGUCAUACAGUGAAACUGAGCACUCUGUUGUUCGUUAUACCAGUGUGUUAUUUGUUCUGAUGGACAGCCAGUAUGAAGGCAACAUCUAAUUAGUAGUCUGUGGACCUUGCUAAUUAUUUGGUCUGUGAAGCACAGUGUUGACUGAAGUGUCAUUUUGUGCCUACUCUGGAGGGGCUUCUGUACAGUGGUUGCAUAUUUUUGUGUGAAUACUCAAAUAUCAAAUUGCUCAACAUUGUUACAGCAGCAUGUUCAUUUAAGGAGCAAUCAAAGCAAAUCAAUCAUGUCAAUUUGAGGAAAAACAGUAAGGCUUUAAUGAGGGGCUGUGCUUGCAAUAUUUUAUAUGUAGCUGUUCUAUUUACAAUCAGGCAUAAAUGUUGAGUAUUUAUAUAUCAUAUCGGGUAUCAAAUUCUGCUCUGGGCUUAACUCGGGUUUUCCUGUAUGAAGCCAGGCUGUCCUCAUCAGAAAAACGACCAUAUAGGUUGACUAUGAUGGCAGCUUAAUACGAACCAUAUUUACAUUUCCAGUUAAGCAGUGGACCCUAGGGGUCAUAAUAAUUAUAACGGCAGCAAAGGAGGAAGUCAGGCAAACAAGUAUGCAGAGUGUCAAAGUCUAUAAACAGAGGACGGUGACAGAACACGUGACUAAUUAUUUGUUCAUGAAAAUCUUGAUAUUGUUUCAACACAACAGCAUGGCUGGCUGGCCUGCUAGUCUUGACCUAACAUACCACAAAAUAAAUGUAUUGUUUGUCAACCAAAUGCAAUACUAUGGACUUGAAUAACUUAAGCUUUCUGGCUAAUGUGAGAAAUUAAAUAGUUUGUCCAUUCAGUAAUCAAUGUACCUUAAAGAGCAGGAUCAGGAUGUGAGACGAGGAGGGGAGAAUGCCUUUUGGUUAAGGUGCCAGAAAUGCACAUGUGGAGCAAUUCUCCACAUGGGGGGUUACAAGAAGGUAGAUAAGAUGACAUUUACUGUCAUAAUAAAACAUCAAAGGGUCACUUGCCUGGGAAGACAUGGUCAACCCAAAUCUCAGGGGGUCACUGUUUUGGGAAGAGAUGAUUGAUGACUAUUGUAAAUGAAGGUAACCUCCUCUCUGUUUUGUAUUUAAGUCAGUAACAUUUAGCAACUCUCAACCUCACAAGGAGAAUGUUCCACUACACUAAUCACAGAGCUAAAGGGCUGUGAGCUGAGCUGACUACUCUAUCCCCCGUUUGUAAAGUCAUAUCUAAGGUUUGUCCUGUUUACUGGAGUAGAAGAAUGUUUCCAAAGUUUUCCAAAGAUUGUUCCAGCUCUAUGGUGUUGCAAGAAGUUACUGCUUGUUAAAACUUCAAGUUUUGACGCUGUUAUUCCAAUAUCAUGAGAUCAUAUAUCAUAUAAUAUCGUGAACUGUUUGCUGUCUGUUUAUUAGCUCUCAGGAUUAUUCAUUUCAUUUCUGGUUCUAGAAUGAAACAGACAAAUGUGUCUUUCAAAGUGUUAUGGUGCAAAAAAAUGAUGUCAACAUUAAGACAAGUCUCAGUGGAAGCAGACACAAGACCACUUUAAAAAUGUGGCAUGGCGACUGAAUCCUGAUGCUACAGUAGAGGGACACCAUCUGGAAUUAAGUCCAUAAAAAUGAACUUUUUUAGUGUCUCCAUUUUACACAACUAAUGUUCCCAAUAGACACCUUCAAGUGUGCAUAAAACAUCAUAGUUCACUUAAUGCCUUGGAAAAGGGGCACACUUCUACACACAGUGCUGUUGAGCUUCUGUCUCCCAGUGUUAAGUGUUCAAUUAUACCUUGUUAUAUGUAAAAAUAUGUCCACAAAAUACUUCUACAGCAAAUUUCCUCUAUUCUCUUUUCCAGUAAUUGUUUUAAUGUUUUUAAGAGACACUUUUUAAGUGGCAUAAAAACUGUUGCAUUACUACAAGCAACACCUAUUACUACAUAUUACUCUCUACAGUUGGCAGAAAAGGGAUCAUGCCAACGUCAUGCUCACAUCUGUGUCCUCAUACUAGAGCUGAUAGAAUAUGAAAUAUAAGAAAUAAAGGGAUUUGGUCAUUAAGCAAUCUACAGCACCGCCAGUGCUCAAAAACACCACAGGGCACUUUUAAGUUGUCAAAAAGUCAUAAUGCGUACAAUUAUUUUAAAAUCUGAUUUCAAUGCAGUUAUUUUUGCCCCGGUGUCUUUUCCUGCAUGCCAGCACAGAUGGACUGAAUGUGCUCAGAUUCUUGCAUGUACAGCACAAGAUUCUUGUGUAUCCCUGACAUAUUUGGUAUAAAAAUAAUCUUCCAUUGGAGAGGUACCAUGGUCCAUGAGCCAUCAGUCAUCAAAGAGAAAAGGCAGACAAUCAGUGUCCUAUUGCUGUGGUACAAAGAUAGAAAGAGACAGAAUUUGAGACCAAAGCUAAAUUUAGCCCACAGGAUGCUGAGGAAUUCUUGAAAAUGGAGCUAAGACGGAGGAGGAGAGAACAAGUUGAGUGAAUGCUCUCCAUCCUCAAAGGCUUGUCCUGUACUGUCACUUCAUCUGUCAACACAUAUGACACAAGGUGACUUCUAUUCCACUGACCCAAGUGUCUCAGAAAUCCUUUUCAGCCACUUUGAUUUAAAACUUCAAAGAGUAUCGAAAAACUAUUCAGAGAAACAAAAAUGAUAAUCCAGAAAUGAAAACCACUAAAACUUGGGCAGUAUUAUUUGACAUAAAACACAGUUUUGCUCUUUGUCAGGGACUUAGAGCUGAAUGAUGGAUGCCCAGCUGUCAUCAAGGCUAAACUAUGGUGUGCUUGUUUGCUUGUAAAAAAGGUCUACAGCAGCAAAACGGAAAACACUAAAGCAUUGACAGGGCUGUCGAGCCACAAAUACCGAGUGCUCGACGCCCACUCUAUCAUUCAAAAGAGGCUGCAAGGUCUACCUAAACAGUUUCCAUGGUAACGCAGCCAUGUUUGGUGCCCGGGAUCAGGCUUGUCAGCCGCUCGACUGGUUGGAAAUCAUGAAAGGCCAGCGAGGAGGCUGUGUGCACAGACAGGAGGAGGGCUCCACCGCGGAUCUGUGCCGGGGCAGUGGGGUCUGCAAGUGGUUCAACAUGCGAAUGGGCUUUGGCUUCCUCUCCAUGAGCAGCAGGGACGGAGCUCUGCUGGAGGAGCCGCUCGACGUGUUCGUCCACCAGAGCAAACUGCACAUGGAGGGCUUCCGCAGCCUCAGAGAGGGUGAAGCUCUAGAGUUCACGUUUAAAAAAUCAUCUAAAGGGCUGGAGUCUGUCUGGGUUACUGGGCCAAAUGGAGCACCAUGUCUUGGCAGCGAGAGAAGGCCAAAGAGCACCCAGAAACGUCGCCCAAGGGGUGACAGAUGCUACAACUGUGGAGGUACUGGCCAUCAUGCUAAAGAGUGUCAGCUGCCCCCUCAGCCCAAAAAGUGCCAUUUCUGUCAGAGUGUUUCCCACAUGGUGGCCAGCUGUCCACUCAAAGCACAGCAGCAGCAUUCAUCUCCAGGCUCUCAGGGACCAGCUACCUCAUGGAGGGAUGAGGAAGAGGGGCAAAACCAGACCACCCUCUCCAAACACUUUGAGUGAAUGACUAAGGGAAACUGUGAGGUUAUUCACUGGAACACUGCUAACAGAAAGAGCUACCUCAGGUUUUAUUUAUUGAGUGAUAAAAUAGGAGUCAUCACCAUGGUGCUGAUGUGAUGUGUUUGUUCAGUAGAGCACUGACAGUCAUGUCCAUUUUUUUCUUUUUGUGCUGUUUUUCUGCCUUGGAUAAGUGUCUUAACUUUAGUCAAACAAUCAGACUUCAGCCAUGUAGUAGCCACACAUAUCAAAUCCCUGUUUGGACUCAUCUGACAUGAUGUGUGCUCCCGUUAGCUGAACCUUUUAAAAUAGUUUCAAUACAAAAAUCUUGCUGGUUUACAACUUCCUGAAGCAUUGGACACAUUCAGGGUGUAUGGAAACUUCUGAGUGGCCUGAAACACCAGAAUAGGCUUGAUUGAUGAAUCGGUUUGGAGAUAUUGGACCCUUAUAGCACCCUUCUUUAUCAGAUCAUUAAAGAUUAUAACAAAUAUAAUAGAUGCAGGAAAGUAGCAGGUGUUUUAGGUUCAGCUAGUAUGCAACAUUAACUUAAGUAGCCUGAACAUUUGAAAGGGGAUUUCUGGUAUUUUAAAACUUUGGCCCUGUGUUUGUUUUGGUGUGUAAAUGAUUCAUACUCACCAAAAUUUUGGAAUUGAUCCAAAAGAUCAAUUAAUUUGGCUGUCGGGUACAGCUGCAAGGUAGUCCUUUGGGGUUCCUCCCACAAAUUAGUUGUGCACAAAAGUGCUUGUUUUUGCCAGUGACAGGCUGAGGUUAUUAUUCUGAGUAUCAGACAACAUUAUGGUAACGAUUCCUACAAAGACAAACCUUUUUGUCAAAUGAUAAUGAUUUUUGAGACCAGAAACAUAACUCAUGGAGUUGGCUCACGUAGGAGAUAUGAGUUGUUGCAGAGUUGCAGAAUCCACCAGUGUAAACAUGAAUCAAAGUUGGGAGGAGGAGUUUGGAGUUUACCUGGAUGAACUGCCAGCAAGAACUGGUAUCCAAAGACAGCUGACAUUUGACAAUCUAGUUGAAGCAACAACUGUUACUCUCCUUGAACUAGACUUGGGCUUUUGGUCACAAAAAGGAUCUUGUUACUAAACAAAAAGGUCGUUAUCUGUAGGAAUCUUUUCUGUAAUGUUGUCAGACACACAGAAUACUAACCUCAGCCUGUCAGUGACAAAAACACUUUUAGUGGACAUACAUUAACCAUAAAAAGUGUUCAACCCGUUGAAUGUUUUCCCGUGUUUAUGAAUGGAAUCAUGGUGAAUAUGAUUGACUUUAUUGGCAAAUAUCAAAAAAAAAAGAAGAAACUCCUUAAUGUCAAAGAGAAAACAGAUUGCAAAAAAGUAAUGUCAGUUAAUCAAAAAUGAAUUAUGUAAAGUAAGUGAUUGUAUAAGUACUCACCCCCUUUAAAGUGACUGACCUAAUUCAACAGAGGUCCAGCCAUUUGGUGCUAGUAGUCUCACUAUUAGUAAAAUGGAGAUCAGUAUCAGUAUGUAGUAUAAAGGUACCUGUGUCUGAAGGUCCAUUUACUGGUUAAUCAGUACUCCUGGCUAUAAUUACACCAUGACGACAAAAGAGGUUGUUGAAAAUUAUAAGUCAGGGGGUGGAUACAAAAACAUUUCCGAGUCACUGUGUCAGUGGAGUCAAAGGCUUCAGUAACUUAGCUGGGAGAGAAUAUGCAUUCAACAACUGCUGCCCUGGUCAAUUCGAAGAAGGUUCUUUUUGGCCAUCAGACUAGAUGCUGUGUUUGGUGAACACCAAACACUGCACAUCACAACAAACACACCAUCCCCGCCGUCAAGCAUGGUGGUGGCAGCAUCAUCCUCUGUGAACGCUUCUUAGCAGCAUGCCCUGGGAGACCUGCAAAGCUAGAGGGUAAAAUGAAUACAGCAAAAUAUUUUGAAAUCAUUGAGGACAAUCUGAUUCAGUCUGCAAGAGAACCAUGACUUGGGAGGAGAUUUAUUUUCCAGCAAAACAAUGACCCAAAGCACACAGUAAAGUCACACAGAAAUGGUUUAAAGACAACAAGGUGAAUGUUCUGGAGUGGCUGAGUCAAAGCCCAGACCUCGAUCCAAAAGAGAAUGGACUUGAAAAAGGCUGUUCACACCGAAUCCUUGUACAACCUGACAGAGCUUGUGGAGAGCAUCUGGAUAGCUCUCAAUCAGUCAAAUCACUGGCUGGACCUCUGCUGUGAUUGUGACCAAAGGUGCUUCUAGUAAAUACUUGAAGGGGGUGAAUACAAUUACCUAUUGUACAUAUGUGUUAUCAAUUGGCAUUACUUAAUAGCAAUUUGUUUUCACUUUGUCAUUUUGGUUUUUUUUUUGUGUGUGUGUCAAAAAUAGAAGGCAAAAACAUCCAAGGGGGUGAAUGUUUUUUUAUAGGCACUGUAACUGUGACAGAGGGAGUUUCCUCAAAGUAUUAUCUUGCAGCUUUCUCAAAAUAUUUCAACCUAAUAUUUCAAUAGACCCUAAUACUGUGUUGUAAAUGAAUAGCCAAAAUAGCAUUAUUGUUAAGUUUUUAAUUUUAGAAUAAUAAUAAUAAAAAAAUCCAUACUUACCUUGAAACAUGACAUAAACAAUCCAAUGUGUGAAUGCAAGAGAAAAACAUAUCCUGCGCUGCCAAAUACUUUGUUCUAACUAUUUGUGUCUGCCCUCAUGAAAACAUUUUCAGGUCCUGAAUCAUGAAUGUCAUAAGUGCCAAAACCCACACUUUCCAAUAGGGUUUAUGAGAGCUGCUUUCAGGUGCCAUUCCACUAAAAACAGCAUUACUUCACGACGUACUUGUGAAAAAUAAUUUUACUUUUCCCAAUUACUGGGGAGGUAAAUGUCUUAAUUACCAAGAUGCCAUUUCAUUAUUUGAACUCGUAUGCAAGACCAGCAUUGAUUGUAUGGCAGUCCUUGUCUGCAAAACAGGGAAAAUCCGAAGGGAAUGUUCAGACUGAUAUAUAUCAGGGAUUUUUUUCAAAUAAAAAAUAUCUGCUGUAGAUGAAGCAGAAGGAAGAAGUUGAGGUGUAGAAAUCUUUUUUGCCAUUUUCAAAUCUUUUUUUCCUUUAUUCAUUUUGGUGGAUGGCUAAAUGUACAUAGAUUUUUCUUUUUUAUAUUGACUAUUUAUUCAGAGUUGUUCUCUCUGAAGGGCAGACAGCUCUAAUUGUUUCCUUUGAGCCUGUGCUAUGAUUCAGAAAGAUACUCAAGAAAAAAAAAAACAUGCUGUGCUGUAUUUAACAUUGUUUUUCUUCUAUGUAAUUCUAUUACUGUUUAAUUGUUUGAUGACAGUGUAAUUUUGUGAGUCUUUAAUUUAACUGUACGCUCACUUUGCAGAAAAAACACAGCAGUCCAGUGCUUGUAUGUGGAGUAGCAUAGAAUGUAUAUAGCAUCCUUAUUUUGAACUCAGGGAGAAUGUUUGUUGACGUAGUUUCUUAUAGGAUGUGUUUAUGUGUUUUAUUAUGGUGGAAGACUCAGGAAAUUGAACUGCCAAACAAGCCAUGUGCUAUCUUUGUCAUUUUCUGCCGCACAAAACAGAGCAGCCAGUACUGUGGUUACCUUGAAUGACUUCAGUGACUUCAUUAUGUAUCUCUUAGCAAGAUGUGCAGUGCAUUUUUUGGGUGGGGUUUGUUCCAUGCUAUUGUCUGUAACAUGUGGUUAGUGGGAAAACACAGACAAUGUGAUGUCUUGAUAAGGUUUCUAGCUAUUAUGGAUUAUGACAGCAGAAAGUGUUUUACCAUGACAGAGAACACAAGCUGAAGGGGAAGCAAGCUUAAUUGAUUCUUUUUCUUUUUUUCUAGCUUUCAGAAGACUAGAAUAAUUUCAAGUUGCCUAAAUGUGUAGUCACUUGGCCUAAGUCAUGACAGCCAAAUGGGUUCAGCAACUGAACUAGCUCCCUAGAUUUAGACUAACUAGACUUCAGCACUGUUUAAGAUGUGUUCUCUUCAUAGGCCUUUAGUUAGGAAGCAUCUUUACAUAGCCUACAUUCCAUUUACAGCAUUAAAGCAUAGUUUAACAUUUGGGAAAAUAUGCUGAGUGGAGUUGGAGACUGCUGUUGGCUAAGCUAUCUAAAUAAGCUCUGGAAUACACUGAACAUCAGAUUAAUACAUAAGUGUGCAUAUCAAAAAACUAUUAUUAUUUCUCAAUCAUUGGCACUGACAUAUUUACUUUUAAUAGUCCUGCUCCGAUGAAUAAGCUACCAAAUUAGUAGUCAGAGAUGACAACGCAGAUAUCCACUGACAUUUUUCUUAAAACAAAGCAAGCAUGGCACUACAUUUUAAUUUGUUAUUAUUGUACAUAACCCAAGUUUUUACUCAAAUUUUGUACAUGUCUUGAUGUAUCUGCAUGUUACUGAGUAGACUCAUAGAGUAGAUUCUUCAUGUUAAAGGGGACUGGGAAAUUAGCCCACAGACUAAACAGCACAGAGGUUUAAAAGCAUCAGUAUUGAUCAUCAUUAAGGAUCAAUAGGCCUACAUUAUGUGAUUGAGCUCACCAUAAUGCCAACCACGCUGCAGUACAAUGGGGUCUGAUCUACCAUGUUUAAUACUCUAAUCCCAAGACCAAGUCCCAGUGUCUUGUUUCUUGUAAUUUGCUUAUUAAUGUAUGUGUGACCAAGACAGAACUCGUCAUGUCAGAAAUCUAUAUAAAUCUACCUCAGGUGUGAUUUUUGACAUCUUGAGAGCAGCAUGUUUAAACAACUGUUUUGUAUGUAUCACAAAAUUAGUUGUGUGUUAUGUUGUCUGUAGUAUUUAUUACUUUGCUUGUUCACAUUUCAGUCUUCUUUUGGUGUGAUGUUUGCUACCUCACAGAACUUACUCUGAUAUUUCUAUGCUAUCUUUAUGCCUGUUGUUGCUGCCAAUAUAGCAAGAGAUCCUGCACUUAAGACUAAACAGGUCCUUUUGAGUGAAGUCCGGGCCUUGUUUCAAGAAGAUUUAGACACAUAAAAGAACUGUUAGAUAUGCAGAUAAGAUGUUUACUUGCACACUUCAAACAAAUCCCUGCAUCUUUACAAGCCAGAGCAGACACACCCACCAUUUCUUUCUUUCUGGGAACUCAUCUCCAGCACCCAGGUCCACCCUCAUAUCACCGUGCAGGCAAAUAAUGUUUGGUUCAAACACGUUCAUGUUGACGUUGGGUAUAAAUGCACUCAUUGCUCAGGGUUGUCCUGAACACCUACUGUAGCCUUAUGUGACUCAGUAAUUCAGAGUGUCUUUAAAUGUGGCUUAUCUCCCCGCUGUGCUUGAUCUUUCAGCCUGCAACUGAAAUAAUUUGUGCGACAAUACAAUGGGAAAUAAAGAAGUAACAUGAA